UUUUUUUGUUUUUUGUUUUUUGUUUUUGUUUUUAAGGAAAGCAGAGGAUAUAUUCUAAAAAUGGUAACAAUGUAGAUGGGCAUUUGGUGAUCAAUGGACAAAUGGUGGCAUGGAUGGCUGACAGGCCACAAAAUAUAUCCUUUUUUUUUUCUGAGAACGCAGCUAAUCAGUUGUUUUCUGUCACAGAAAAAUAUUUCAUUAGAAAUAUGGAACAGUGGGAAGGUUUUCCCAACCAUCAGGAGGACAUUGAUAGCUGUUCAGAUUCUGUGAAAUUUGAUGCUCACACAAUGACAGCUUUGCUUCCUCUGAGUCCUAAAAAUGGCCAUGCCCUUCAGGAGAAACUGAAGUCCUUCAAAGCUGCACUAAUUGCCCUUUAUGUCCUUGUGUUUGCAGUACUCAUACCUGUCAUUGGAAUAAUGGCAGCUCAAUUCCUGCCUUGGGAAAUGAAGAAUUGCUCAGUCAUUUCAAAGAAUGUGAAUGGCGUAUCUCAAAAUCUCACUGGAAUAGGAAACAACUAUGAAGAUGAAAUGAGAUUUCAAGUUGCAGAGAAAAUGAACAACAUGGAAAAGAAAAUCCAAUAUAUUUCAGAAUCAGAAUCCAAUCUCGUCAAAUCAGAGAAUUUCCAGAAUUUCAGUAUGAUGAAUGACCAAAGAUUUAAUGAUCUUUUCUUCCAGCUAAGUACCUUGGUUUCCACAGCCAAGGGACAUGGAAACACAAUAGAUGAGAUGUCCAAGUCAUUAAUAAGUCUGAAUACCACAUUGAUUGAUUUGCAACUCAAUAUUGAAACACUGAAUAGCAAAAUCCAAGAGAAUACAUUUAAACAAGGAGAGGAGAUAAAAAAAUUAGAGGAGCGUGUGUACAAUGCAUCAGCAGAAAUUAUGUCUGUGAAAGAAAAACAAGAACAUUUGGAACAGGAAAUAAAAGGAGAAGUAAAACUACUGAAUAACAUCACUAAUGAUCUCAGACUGAAAGACUGGGAACAUUCUCAGACAUUGAAAAAUAUCAGCUUAAUUCAAGGUCCUCCUGGACCCCCGGGUGAAAAAGGAGAUAGAGGCCCCAUGGGACCAACUGGUAGAGAAGGCCUUCCAGGUGCAAUAGGACCUCCAGGUCUCAAAGGUGAUCGAGGAGUAUCUGGUUUUCGCGGAUCUCCAGGAGCUCCAGGACUAAUAGGGAGGCCGGGAAGACAAGGAAAUCCUGGACAAAAAGGGCAGAAAGGGGAAAAAGGGGGUGGAAGCGUAACAGGCAUGAUUUAACUGUAAUAAAAAUAAUCAUCGAUUUCCUUUUAUAUAUGUAUCAAGACCAGUACAACCCCCUGAUCAUAUUAGGGCAGGACCCUUCUAAGAUCAGGUGGUUGGGCAGGAUACCUUCUGCUGCCAUCUCAUUAAAAGGCCCUUCACCUCUGGACAAGUCACCAGCACAACUGACUCCAAGAUCCUUUUGUGACUCCUCCAAACAACGUUGGCUCUCGUGUGGUACCCAGCUUCCGCAUGGCAUUUUUCCUGGUCCUUGGUGGUGUUUGAGCUUCUGCCCCCAAGCUCAGACCUCUCCCCAGUACAGCACACCACCAUAACCACCAUCUCUUAGCACCUCCCAUGUAGUGACUGUCAGGCUCCACAAACCAGUACUCAGUCUGUUGCCAUCACUCAUCUAAUGUCUUGCUGAACCCAGUUUAACACAUACAUUUCUAGGAGAAAUCUCAUGAUAUUGAUUAUAUGUGGAGGCUUCACACUAAAAAACAUUAUUAUCAAUCAGAGUUAGGCAUGGCAAAAGAAAAUGCAUUCAUUCACUUAUUCAUUCACUCAGCCUGUGUUCAUUGUGUUGUAUCUCCUGGAGCUGAAUAUUAACAGUUAAAUAAGAUUGUUGCUGUCUUUGAUCUUAUCGAGCUAAUUGUUCAUGUAAAACAUAGAUAUGCAGACAGGAAAUUUUAUAAACAGCAGAGCUGUAUUGUGGGAAGAAUAGGCUUCUACAGGUGUUCAGCAGAGGUCAAGAUUUAAAAUACUUAAGAAAAUUAAAAAUGAAAAUGGAUUUUUAUUUUCUUAAUUUACCUUUCCUUUUAAUUCUCUAAACAAUAGCACUGUUUUUCAUGUUUUAUGGUGAAAUAAAAGAGAGAUUAGGCAGUUCAUUCCACACAUUAAACCAAAAACAAAACAUGUUUUCUAUAAUUACCUGGCCCUUUCAAGCAAAUAUUUUGAUCAUGAAAAGAAAAAAUGCUGUUUUUUUAAAAUUUAAAAAGUUCUUUGUAUUUUAUGCUAUAAAUAUGCAGUAUAGGUCCCACACAUAUGGUGUAGCGUAUAUAGAAUAUAUAAAAUACUAAUGCACUAUAUAUACAUAUAUUUCAUUAUAACUGGAAGUCUUUUGUGUAUAUAAAGGGAUGAAAAUCAGAAAGAAGAAACUGUAGAAAAAUAUGAAUAGGAAAAAUGUGGGAUUCCAUGUUAUUUUUGAGAAUCUUGCUGUAAAUGAGCAGACCACAUUUUAAUAGAUGUCCUUUCCUACAAGAUUUAACACAUAGUUUGCUGAUUCAUAUCAUUCAGAUACUAGUAGAAUUCUAAGUAGUGUGCUUAUGUGUGUCUGUCUUGCCAAACCUCUGUCUCUUCCCUUGUAAAAUGGACAUCUUAACACCUACCUCACAGGGUUGUUGUGAGGACCAAAUAAGAUAUUGUGUGUUUGAAGGUGCAUUGCAAAAUCAUAAAAUGCUUUAAAGACAUAAAAUGUGGUACACAGUAGAUUCUCUCAGCUGGAACUGCUUUCCUCACUGAUAAAAUGCAGACAUUUAAAAUCUGUAAUCAGAAUAGGAAUGAGAGCAAAAU